UGUGUGGGGGAGAAGAGAAACGAAAAACAAAACAAAACGAAACAACCUCGUUGACACCAAAAAACCGAUGCGAAUGUACGAUUGAUAUUUCUAGUUUAUAAAUAUUUUGCAUUAUUGGUGAACUGUCCGGUCUGUGCGUCUAAAGCCCGUCGGCUUCGUGGGGACUAUAUACUGAAACGCGGAAGAGAAAAACACGACCGGGUCUGCUUGCUCACCCUGCCUGUGUGUUGGCUGAAUGGAGGAGGAGAGACUCUUCCUGGUGAAUAAACAGUGACAGCUAUAGGGCACACACUAAUACCCAUUUCACAGCACAGGCACACACCUUAUCCUUUACAAUAAACACAAAAAAUGGCUUCUGACAGUAAACACGUCGCGCAGUUGAAAUCUGAGCUGUACUUCCUAAUAGCCCGAUUUUUGGAAGCUGGACCUUGCCAAAACGCAGCAGAGACCCUGAUUAAAGAAGCGCAGGAGAAGGAGCUCCUGCCGAAAAGAACAGACUGGACGGGAAAAGAACACCCCGGGACUUACGAAAAUUUGGUGAAGCUGUACCGCCACAUCGGCCCGGACCACCUGCUGCGGAUAUGCCAGUGCAUCGGCCCGCUGCUGGAGAAGGAGAUGCCCGCCAGCGUCCCGGGGGUGCAGUCCCUGCUCGGAGCCGGGCGCCAGUCUCUGCUCCGCACGCACAAGAGCUGCAAGCAUGUGGUGUGGAAGGGGUCGGCCUUGGCCGCACUGCAUUGUGGGAGGCCCCCAGAGCCCCCCAUAAUUUACGGGAGCCCCCCUAAUAUCGUGGAGACGGCGCACUGCCGGCGGCUGAACGGGACGUACCGCCAGCGCCAGCUGGUGCCCACGGCGGUCUACCAGCACAUGAAGAUGCACAAGCGCAUCCUGGGGCACCUGUCCUCCGUGUACUGCGUCACCUUCGACCGCACCGGCCGACGCAUCUUCACGGGCUCCGACGACUGCCUGGUGAAGAUCUGGGCCACGGAUGACGGGCGGCUGCUGGCCACCCUCCGCGGCCACGCGGCGGAGAUCUCCGACAUGGCCGUCAACUACGAGAACACCAUGAUCGCCGCCGGCAGCUGCGACAAGAUGAUCCGCGUCUGGUGCCUGCAGACCUGCGCCCCGCUGGCCGUGCUGGAGGGCCACGGGGCCUCCAUCACCUCCCUGCAGUUCUCCCCGCUGUGCUGCGGCACCAGGAGGUACCUGUCCUCCACGGGGGCCGACGGCUCCAUUUGCUUCUGGCAAUGGGACGCCAGGACGCUCAAAUUCAGCAGUCAGAGACCCAGCAAGUUCACGGAGCGUCCGAGGCCCGGGGUCCAGAUGAUCUGCUCCUCCUUCAGUGCCGGUGGCAUGUUCCUGGCGACGGGCAGCACGGACCACAUCAUCCGGGUCUACUACUUCGGGUCCGGGCAUCCCGAGAAGAUCUCGGAGCUGGAGUCUCACACUGAUAAAGUGGACAGUAUACAGUUCUCAAACUGCGGCGAAAGGUUUGUUAGCGGAAGCCGCGACGGGACGGCGCGGAUCUGGCAGCUCCAGCAGCAGGAGUGGAAGAGCAUUCUGCUGGACAUGGCGACCAAGCUGCCUGGCAGGAAUAAUCCGCCGCCUCUGGAGGACAAGGUGACCAAACUGAAGGUCACCAUGGUAGCCUGGGAUCGCCACGACAACACGGUGAUCACGGCGGCGAACAACAUGACGCUGAAGGUGUGGAACUCGUACAGCGGGAACCUCGUCCACGUGCUGAUGGGACACGAGGACGAGGUGUUCGUGCUGGAGCCGCAUCCGUUCGACCCCAGGGUGCUGUUCUCCGCCGGCCACGACGGCAACGCCAUCGUGUGGGACUUGGCCCGAGGCGUCAAAAUCCGCUCCUACUUCAACAUGAUCGAAGGCCAGGGCCACGGGGCCGUGUUCGACUGUAAGUGCUCCCCGGACGGCCAGCACUUCGCCUGCACGGACUCCCACGGCCACCUCCUCAUCUUCGGCUUCGGGUCCAGCAGCAAGUACGACAAGAUCGCGGAUCAGAUGUUCUUCCACACGGACUACCGGCCGCUGAUCCGCGACGCCAACAACUACGUCCUGGACGAGCAGACGCAGCAGGCCCCCCACCUCAUGCCCCCGCCCUUCCUGGUGGACGUGGACGGGAACCCGCACCCGUCCCGCUUCCAGAGGCUGGUCCCGGGCCGGGAGAACUGCAGGGCGGAGCAGCUGAUCCCCCAGAUGGGUGUCACUUCCUCAGGGUUAAACCAGGUGCUGAGCCAGCCGGUGGGGGACGGCUCCAGCCCGCUCGACAGCAUCAUCCAGCGCCUGCAGCAGGAGCAGGACCAGAGGCUGUCCGUGGACACGGCCCCCUCAACCCGGGCCGGAAGAGGUUCGGUGGGCUCCCCCACGGAGGUGCACUCCCCGCCCAACGUGGGCCUGCGGCGGAGCGGGCAGAUCGAGGGGGUGCGGCAGAUGCACAGCAACGCCCCCCGCAGCGAGAUCGCCACCGAGCGCGACCUGGUGGCCUGGAGCCGUCGCGUGCUGGUGCCCGAGCUGCCGCCGGGCAUCGCCAGUAAGCAGGAGCAAUGGCGGACAGCCAGAGGAGAGGAGGAGAUCGCCACCUACAGGUCAGAGAAGAGGCGGCGGGCGGUGCCAAGUCACAUUCACAGGGAGCCCAAGCACCACGCCCCAGAGCCCGCGGGGGAGGAGCCCAGGAGGUCCCAGGGAAACCAGCACAGCUACCACACCAGGGCGGCCGUGGAGGAGACCAGCCGGCAGAACGAGGUCGCCGAGGAGGACAACAGCUCCUCCGAGGGUGAAGUGGAGGUGCGACCCCAGAGCGGGGACACCUCCGAGGAGGAGAAGGAGGAGGAGAAGGAGCCGUGGCCAGACGACAACAGCAGCUCCAGCGACUACUCCAGCGAGUACUCGGACUGGACGGCCGACGCCGGCAUCAACCUGGAGCCGCCGAAGAAGACGAAGGUGCGGCACAAGAAGAAGGCGGCCAGCAGCUCCGAGGAGGACGGGGAGAAGAAGAAGGACAAGGAGAGCAAGAAGGACCGGAAGAAGGAGAAACGAGACAAAGACGGCGCGCUACCAAAGAAGAAGAAGCCAAAGGAGAGGCGGCUGAAGAGGUUACCGGUGGAGCAGGGUCUGACUCUGGAGGAGUGGCUUCCCUCGGCCUGGAUCACUGACACAGUGCCCCGGAGAUGCCCCUUCAUCCCACAGAUGGGCGAUGAGGUCUACUACUUCCGCCAGGGCCACGAGGCCUACGUGGAGAUGGCCCGGAAAAACAAGAUCUUCAGCAUAAACCCCAAAAAGCAGCCCUGGCACAAAAUGGAGCUGAGGGAGCAGGAGCUGAUGAAGAUCGUGGGGAUUAAGUACGAGGUGGGCCUGCCCACGCUCUGCUGCCUGAAGCUGGCCUUCCUGGACCCGGACACCGGCAAGCUCACCGGCGGCUCCUUCUCCAUGAAGUACCACGAUAUGCCCGACGUGAUCGACUUCCUGGUUCUUCGGCAGCAGUUUGACGACGCGCGCGACCGGCAAUGGAGAAUAGGAGACCGUUUCCGGUCGGUCAUCGACGACGCCUGGUGGUUCGGCACGAUCGAAAGCCAGGAGCCCUUCCAGACUCAGUACCCAGACAGUCUGUUCCAGUGCUACAAUGUCUGUUGGGAUAACGGAGACACGGAAAAGAUGAGCCCCUGGGACAUGGAAGUUAUUCCUGGAGACGGCCGCGCUGACCCGCUGUCUGUCCCGCCCCCAGCGCUGUUCCCGGACGAGCUGGGGCUCAGCGUGCCCCUGUCCGAGGAGGAGCACCGGGAGCUCCUCUACGUGCCCCUGGAGGGGGAGUGGGGCUCCCGAAACCGUAACGCCGAGUGCGAGCGCAUCAUCACCGGGAUCGACCAGCUGAUCACGCUCGAUAUCGCGGCCCCGUUCGCCGUGCCUGUGGACCUCCAGGCGUACCCGACGUACUGCACUGUAGUGGCCUAUCUCACCGACCUCAGCACCAUCAGAGAGAGGCUGAGGAACCGCUUUUACAGGCGGAUGUCAUCGUUGAUGUGGGAGGUCCGCUACAUAGAACACAAUGCACAGACCUUCAACGAACCCGGAACACCCAUCGUCAAAACAGCCAAAUUUGUGUCAGAUCUAAUGCUGCAGUUUAUCAAGGACCAAAGUUGCACCGAUAUAAUUCCUCUGUACAACAGCAUGAAGAAGGCAGCUUUCUCUGAUACAGAGGAGGAGGAAGAGGAAGAUGAGGCACCGGGAACCUCCACACGGAAGAAGAAGGAGCAGAAGCCCAUGAUGAGGAAGCUGCGGAAUAAGACGCAGGCGUUCAGUGUGAGGGCCUGGAGGACGCGCUGUAAGGAGCUGCUGGACCUCAUCUUCCAGUGCGAGGACUCCGAGCCCUUCCGCCAGCCCGUGGACCUGCGGGAGUACCCGGACUACCGCGACAUCGUCGACACCCCGAUGGAUUUCGGGACGGUCCUGAAGACGCUGCUGGCGGGGAACUACGAGUCGCCCAUCGAGCUGUGCAAGGACGUCCGGCUCAUUUUCAGCAACUCCAAGGCCUACACCCCGAGCAAGAAGUCCAGGAUCUACAGCAUGAGCCUGCGGCUGUCCGCCCUGUUUGAGGAGCACGUCACCGCCAUCCUGUCGGACUACAAGUCGGCGCACCGCUUCCAGGCGGCCAACAAGCUCCCCAGCCUGCGGAACAAACGAGCGCGCAGCCCGUCCCCUGCUAGCAGCACCGCGUCCAGCCCCGAGCGGAAACGAAGGGUCACCAGGGCCCCCGCGAAGCCCGAACCGGUGGCCUCGUCCCUCUCGACGGGCCCCUCGCGGCCCCAGGCCCUGCGGCAGAACCUGCCGCUGGUGAACGGGAGGGCGGAGUCGCAGGCGCCCGUCCGAACCCGUAGCUCCGCCCGCUUCGGCAACCACUGCCCCGCCGAGCCGCCCGCCGCCUCCGCCGCGCCCCCCGUCCCCGCCCACGGCAAGACAGCGACAGAAACGCCCAAAUACCUCAGAGCCCACAACUCGAUAUCGUCGCCGAGCGUCUCCAACGACGCGGACGGCGCCAGGGGCUCCUCGACCGCCGACAUCGCCAGGGCGACGCGGCGGAAACUGAGAACGCCGGUCCGGCACCAGCCAGCGACGGCUCAGAGCAGCAUGCAGCUCAACGGCCACAGCAGUCACGUGACCCUGGGCGUGGGCCGGAGGGGGCGGAGACCGAAGGUGGAGCCGGCGGCGACCGCGGAGCGCCCCGCCCACCGGACGGCCGCGCUGGCCCCGCCCAAAGCUCCGCCCAAAGCCCCGCCCCCGCCUCCGGAGCCCCCCGCCAAGCCGCCGGGCAAGAAGAGGGGCCGCAAGAGCAAGAAGGAGCUGGAGGCGCUCAGGGGGCGGCAGCGCUGGAACGCCAGGGCCGAGGAGGAGCGGGAGGAGGCCGAGGAGGAGGAGGAGGAGGAGGAGGAGGAGAGGGAACAGUCCGCCAGCGACGAGGCCGGGACCUCCUCCGGCCUGGAGGCGGGGCCGUCCGACCAGGGGGCGGGGCCAGGCUCGGGCACGGGCCGGCGGGGCCGACCGCGCCGCGGCAGGAAGCCCAAGAUCCCGAAGGAGGCGGAGGAGGCUCCGCCCAUCCCCGCGCCUAGCCCCGCCCACAGCCCCGCCCCCGCCAGCCCCAAGGUCCUGAGGAGGAGCACCAGGCGGCAGAACGAGGAGCACCCGCCUCCCCCGGUCGCCUCCUCCUCCUCCUCCGGCGAGAGGGAGGCGCACCAGCAGCGCCCCCCGCAGGAGGAGGCCCGGCCGGCGGACCGGGACGAGGACGAGGAGGACGACGGGGGCGUCUCCAAAUGCCUGAUGAAGACGCGAAACCAGGGCCGCAGGACGGCCUUCUACAACGAGGACGACUCGGAGGAGGAGCAGAGGCAGCUGCUCUUCGAGGACGCCUCCAUCACCUUCGGGACGUCCAGCAAGGGCCGCGUGCGCAAGCUGACGGAGAAGGCCAAGGCCAACCUGAUUGGCUGGUGAGAAACACGGACGGACGGACGGACGGACGGACAGACGGACGGACGCGCGGAAGCGCUCAUCCCGCUUUACGGAUCCGCCAGGUGAAGCUCCUCCCGCCAUCGUCCUCUGAGGACACCGCAAAUCUUUGCUGCUAACUUUGUACAUUCAGUGGUGAACCUACCUGCUUCGGGACCAACCAAAACACGGGGAGAGAGGGGGAGUGGCGGCCCCCCUUUUGUUUUUUUUACGCCCCACACUUUUCCUAACGUACGUAACAUUUAGGAAACGUUUCCUAACGUCUCUUACAGCGGUGGUUAUAAUGAACUUGACUCAGCCUUUUCAACGCAAUAUUGAAGUUGGUGUAGAAAUUCCGUGGGUCUUACUGCUCUCACUCCGGCCGAACGUGGGGGGAGAUGGGAAGGUUUGGUCCUCCGUCACUCCAGCGUCUGUGGCAAAAUGAUUUCAAAUGUGAAAUAAAGUCUUCGGAAAACGGAAGAAAGAGAGAAUAAAACAGUUACGGGGGGCGGGCUUUUGAAUGAAGUAUUUUAUCCAGGAAAGUCUCUCGGAAACGUCAUGCUCCGCAGCCAAGGAAACGGGAGACCUGGUUCACGGAUCGAUUCACUAACAAAGAAAUGGUUGUUCCUCUCCUGUGUCCAUCUGCAAAGAAAAAAAAUGUGUCUUAUCCUUUCCAGACCACUAGAGGGCAGUGUCUGAAAUGGCUUUACUUUACCGGGGUUUAAUGGGAACUACCUCUUCUGACCCCGCUCUUGUUUCCUAUUUUUGGACCCGGGUUGGACUGGAAAGUGCAUCUUUGUGCCGAUCGAGCUUUUUGUACUACCCACGUUUUGUACAGUUUCUACUUGACAACAGGAUCUAGUGCUUCAAAAAACCUGAAGAUGUUGCAAUGACACCCCCCCUCCCCCUCCACCCCCCUCCCCCCCUCCACCACUCCAUUCACCCUGAGUGAGGGGGACUUAACAAUGCCGAAUGGUGAGAUUCACUUCAGUGCAGAGGACUGGUAACUUGACGGGAAUGUGUUUUUAAUUCUUUAUUUCUGUUUUAAUUUUUAAAAUUUUUAUUUUAUUUUCAGUUGGUAGCCCACGGUAACAACACAGUCAAGGCCUGGUCACAUGACUUCAUUGUGUACAUAUGCAUGCAGCCCCAUUUACUCUCCCUCUUGCUCUGUAUUUACAGUCAGUCAACACAAAUACAUACGUUUUAUAAUAAAAAAGAAAUUCUAAAAAAUAUUAAACCAUCACUAUAUGUACAGGUUGAAGAUAAUUUGAGUGUGCACUGGCGGCUAGUCAUAUUGCCGAAGUACUUAUAUUAUAAGUCUUAUAUUUUAGUUUUAUCCAUAACGGUAGAAUUCUUCAGUCUCCAUAAAAAGGUAAAAUCAUUUAUUUCAGUCUCGCUUAGUCUGGGAGAAAAUACAAAAAAAAAAGUUUUACUGUGUCCUUAAAAUUAGCAAUAAAUCGUGCCUUGGUAUAUUUUAACAUGGUGAUUAGGGUCGUUGCGUUAAUGACGCGUUUAAUUUUAGUUUGGAGGACCUGUGAUGGGACGGACAUGCGCUUCUCUCUCAUUGGCUGAGGCUGCUGAGCCAUGCCCUUCUGUUCCGUCUGCAUUAUUGAGUUAUUAUCAGCACUCAAACUUGGGCUUUAAUUAUUAUAGAGGCACCAUUCAUUACAUAAGUCAUCCACAGCCAGAGCGAAUACUUAUUAGCUGAAGGUUAAAUGUGAUUUAUGUCCAGCAGGACAUGGAACAGGCAACACAAAAAUCACAAUAACUCUUUUUUUUUUACGCUCGUUACUUCACCGCAGGUGAAUCAUAGCUUCAGUACGCAUAAACGCAUAAAACACUGUACGUACACAAUAUGAGAGUGUAUCUGGGCAUCGAGAUCUGCUCUGAUUCACUGCCUUGUGCUGGAGGGUUUUUCUUUGAGAUAACGAGAGAGAGAGAAACUGACCUUUUUUUAAAACGUUUUUGGCUCGUUUUAAAAUGUGCCCCGCGGUCUUGUUUUGACGUUUUGCUGUUUCCAGUGCCGUGUGCGUUUCACUUCAUCCUCGUCCCUGUCAUUGAAACGGGUUUCAAGGUCACGGCGGAUUUCGGUCCGAGUCUUUUGUAAGGAGGGGGGGGAAAAGAGUUGAGUUGGUGUUUCUUAUUAUCGAAAACCGCUUCCAGAUGUGGUCAUGGUUAUCAGUCACUUGAAUGUUGAGUCUCCUGGUCAGUUUGAAUGGAUGUCCUUGAAGCUCUGUACCUUUUUUUUUUGGGACCUUGAUUUACCGAAAAUGCUAUUGAAUAAUUGUUUAUAUUUUUGUGUCGUAAGCAUUUCUCUCAAAAACUAGUUUCACCGGCACUUUUCUGGGAAACUGAGAUGACUCAGGAAGAGUCGCUAUUUUUGUGAGUCACUUCUGGGUGAAGCCAUCCUCCUGUUCCCAAAGAGGAAAGUGAAAGAAGUCUUUUGCGUUUGUAAUCCGGCACCUAUGUGUUCUUCCCAGCGUAAAUUUUAACGUAAUUUAAAAAGGAUAAUAUAUCGUAGGUGUUUGAAAAAAAUCUCCAAAAAGGCAAAUUUUCAGGAAGUGAAAAAAAAACUGUUUUGAAUAAACUUUAUUGGUGCCAGAGCCGUGCAACAUUGACAGUCCACAAAGGGUGAUGUAAGCCUUCAUCUUAUGUAACAAACUGAAAAACAGAGAGUAAGUUUUUGUAUGAUGCCAGCCAUAUUCAGAAUUCAUAAAGAAAGGAUAAAAUGCUGGCCACCGGGCGGCCUUGUUGCCAUGGUUUCGUGGAUCCGGCAUUCUGUGGCCUUGCGGUGGCAGUUGCUCGUCGCUUUGAGAUGAACGCUGUCCCUCUAUUCAACAUUCAGAUGUGGCGGGAAGUUUGCGUGGGUCUCCCAAAAAAAAAACCGUUCCGCAAAAAUUCCUUGGCUUUUGAAAACCUCCCUGUGGUUUAACCCUGAGGAGGAAAUCAAAGCGUUCAGUCUGUCAGCACCCCAAAAGUCUCCCUCCUCUCCCCUCCUCCCUCUGGGUUAGGAAGAGGAACCCGCGGAGGUGACCCAGCGCUGCAGACGUACCCGAUGGCCGUUUCAUUUUUAUUUUUAUUUUUAUUUUUUUUGGCCUGCAUUAUUGUCAUGCCCCCCCCCCCACCACCACCCUGGCGGGUUUGGCGCUUAAAAGGACGGGUUCCUUUUCUCCCCCUGUCCCGCUGUCCCGCUGUCCCGCUGACCCCCCCUAAAGCGCCCAUGUCGUGCUGGUCACGACGACGGGGAGAUAAAUUGAAAUGACAUCAUCAUUCCGAUAUCCAAGCACGGGCGCAACAAGAGCGUUCACGGAUGAAAAAACUGGGGGGAUUAUACCCCCCCCCCCCUCAGACCAGGCGACUCCCCUUCCCCCCCCCCCCAUUGUUUGCUGGGACUGAAAAGCAGAGUCCCGAGACGUUUACCCAUAAAGGGGCGCGUUUCUUUGUGCUCGGGGGAAUUUAAAUUCAUAUCAGGGAACUCAGAAAUCCACAAGGCCGCAGAUCUGAUCUGUUUGAACGCACUUUCCCCCUCCGUCUCUCUCGCUCCCCCAAACCGCUUCUCUCUGAAUCUCUAGCUGUUCCGUCGCUGCGUUAAGAGGUCCUGCGACAAAACACAAUUUAACCAAACCCACAAUUGAAAAGAAAAAAAGGAGCUUUUGCAGAAGGCCCCCCUGCAGUGUUAGCUGUCUCUCCUUCUCUCGACUGCUUUUAUUUUCAGACUUCCUGUGAAAGCAGGAAGGGGAGAAGUUGAAAUACAGAGCUGCUUCUGUAGCCGUCGCGGGAGAGGCGAGUGUGUGAGCUCACUAAACACUAAUUCACAACCCAAGAACUUUACAUCCAUUGUGUGUGUGUGUGUGUGUGAGAGAGAGAGUGAGAGAGUGAGCGAGUGAGUGGUGCAUCUGACAGGGGAAAAUGCGGUCUCUGAAGUUGUGUGAUGUCUCACUCACUCACGGGUUUGUCCAUUUCUUUUUUUUUUUUUUUUUUUAAACAUAAUUUAUUUUUGGGAGUGAAUUUGACAAGUUUGCCAAAGACUGACUGACUUUCGAAGCAGCUGACCGGAUGGUAUAACCCCAUGUCAUGCCCCCCCCCCCCCCCAACAUUAUUGUAUGCUGGUAUGAUGUGCCCAAUCCCCCCUCCUCUUCCCCAGGCUUUCUGCUCAUGUGAUAAUAUCCCACAGACAGACAGAUGUUCAGUUCUUUUUAUGUUUCUUUUUUUUUAUUAUUAAAGAAAUGUAUUAGAAACAUAGGUAAAUGUAUUUCAGAAGCCCAGUAACGUAUACAUGUGUUGAUAUUAUAUAGCCAAGAUACUCUAUUAAAUACCUAAGGUACCACGAAAAGGACUUGUUUUGUGUGCAAAGCUUAAUACGCACUUACAGUAUUUAGUCGUUAAUACAAUGUUUAUCCGAUAGCAAAAAAGAUGUAUGUUAGAUUAUCCUCUGUAUAUUAUUUGUAAAACCUCAUGUUUUAUUUCAUAAUUUUUUUUUGUGUGUAUUUUUUUCUCCUCAAAUGUCAUGGUGGCCACGCAACUUGUUGUACACAGUCAUUUCUCUCUGAGUAUUGCAUGGACUUAAUUCUGCACUUUUUACGGGCAUAUCUAAUGCUGACACAGGAGAAACACCCUGGGAAAAAAAAAAGAAACAAAAUUCUGUUCAAUGAUUGUGCCUUGUAUUCUUUAGAAUUUUUUUCCUUCAUGUCUUCGAAAAUUUAGGCGGGGUAAGUUUGGGUUGGGGGGUGGGGGUGGGGGGCGGUUUCUAUAGAGGAUUUUUAAAGUUCGAAAAUGCUACAGAGGUUGGAUUUAGAUGGAGAAUUUUCUGUUAGAAGUGCAGUAUGCGUCUUUACCUAACAGCAGACUGUCUGGUUUUAGGGGGGACUCUGUUGUCAUUGAUUGCCAAAAAAAAAAAAAAAAACCCACCCUUUUA